AUAACCAGACCACCCACCACCUUCCGUCCUUCCCAUUUCGGUUUGAGUUUCAAAUCUCUCUGUCUCACGCGCAACGUUAGUGCCGCCCCCCUGCGAAACCCUAACCCUAGCCACCACCAGCGCGCUCCCUCCCUCGAUCCUCAUGUCCGAUUCCGAAGCAUCCCCGACGCCCGCGGCUGCGGUUGUGGCAGCGGAGGCGGCGACGGGCGAGAACUCCCCGUCUCCGGCGAGGAGUGAGGAGCUGCUGCCGGUGGCGGAGAAGAUCUCGGAAUUAAAUGAAUCACAGUCAGAGCUUUUGGGAAGACUUCGAGGUCUUAAGGAGGAUUUGCAGAGCUGGAGAAGCAAUUUAGACACCCAAGUGCAGAAAUACAAAACUGAAAUCUCCGAUAUCAAAACUGCACUUAAUAGUGAAAUAGACCAGCUGAAAUCAGAUUUCCAAGAACUGAGGACCACCCUUAAGAAGCAACAGGAAGAUGUGACUAUUAGCUUGAAGAAUUUGGGGCUAGAAGAUGCUACCGAAACUGAUGGGAACAAAGGAACUGGAGAGGAAAAUACAAGUGAGGGUGCAUUAGCAAACAUGGGGGACCUGAAACUAGAAGAUUCUACCGAAACUGAUGGGAACAAAGGAAGUGUGGAGGAAAAUACAAGUGAGGGUGCAUUAGCAAACAUGGGGGACCUGAAAUUGGAGGAUAAUCCAGAAAAUAAUGAUGAAGGCAGUGGGGUUGAGGAGGAAAAGAAUCAGGAGGCCCCUGAAGAAGAUGGCAUGGCGGGCAUAGAAGGUACGAAGACGGAAGAUGACAUGGUGGGCAUAGAAGGUACCAAGACGGAAGAUGACACGGCGGGCAUAGAAGGUACCAAGACGGAAGAUGACACGGCGGGCAUAGAAGGUACCAAGACGGAAGAUGACACGGCGGGCAAAGAAGAUACCAAGACGGAAGAUGACAUGGCGGGCAUAGAAGGUACGAAGACGGAAGAUGACAUGGCGGGCAUAGAAGGUACCAAGACGGAAGAUGACACGGCGGGCAUAGAAGGUACCAAGACGGAAGAUGACACGGCGGGCAUAGAAGGUACCAAGACGGAAGAUGACACGGUGGGUAUAGAAGGUACCAAGACGGAGUAG